AUGAAACUAUUCCUCGUGCUCGCUCUCGUCGCCGCUGUGGCCGUGGCAGUCCCCGUUGACCCCAAAGACGCUGUCAUUCUUCGUUAUGAUUCUGACAACAUUGGAGUAGACAGAUACAACUAUAAUGUGGAGACAAGUGACGGCAAGUCUGCAUCGGAAAGCGGUCAGCUAGAGAACAUUGGAACUGAAAACGAGGCUCUCGUUGUUCGUGGCCAGUUCAGCUACACCGCCCCUGACGGUACUCAAUACACUGUGCUCUACACCGCUGACAAGGAUGGGUUCAAACCCCAGGGCGCUCACAUUCCCGCUUAA